AAAUGUUUGGAUUAUUUCAUUGCACCGUCAAGCAUUGAAGACCACAGGAGUUGAAGAUGCGAAUAACAUAUUCGGAGGCGACCACAACAGUGUUAUAAGAAAAGGUGUCACCUCACCCACGGAUGUGUUCUGCUCGGUGCCAGGCCGCUUGUCCUUGCUCAGCUCAACAUCCAAGUACAAAGUGACUGUUGGAGAGGUCCAACGCCGAUUAUCUCCACCGGAGUGCCUCAACGCUUCGUUAUUAGGAGGAGUUUUGAGAAGGGCUAAAUCCAAAAAUGGCGGGAAAUGUCUUCGUGAGAAACUUGAGAAAAUUGGUUUAAAUCUUCCAGCAGGAAGACGGAAAGCUGCCAACGUGACUCUUCUGACGUCAUUAGUAGAAGGCGAGGCAAUUCAUCUGGCACGAGAUUUCGGGUAUGUGUGCGAGACUGAGUUUCCUUCCCGCCAGGUGGCAGAGUUUUUAAGCCGAAAUCAUAGUGACCCAACAGAAAUGUACAGAAGGAAAGAACUUCUUUUAGCUUCCAAACAAACAUUGAAAGAGUUCUCCGAUCUUCUCAAUCAGGAUAGGUCUCCUUUGUGCAAUACUAGGCCUCAAAGCAUUUUGGAUCCCAAUAUUCAGCGCCAUCUCACGCAUUUCUCCCUCAUUACUCACGGGUUUGGCAGUCCUGCAGUAGUGGCAGCCCUCACCGCAGUUCAGAACUUUCUCACAGAGUCGCUCAAAUACAUAGAGAAGCAGUUGAACAACUACCAAACACCAUCCGCCGUCCACGUUAGCGCUGCGGGCAACGGUGUUGACACUAAAAAAGAAGAUAAAAAGUAAUAAGUACGCUUAGAAAUUCUUUUUAUACAUAUAUAAAAAUGUAUAAUCCUUGUCUCUCGGUUCCGAGAGAUGAAAGAUCCUUCAAAUGCUCAAAAAAAAAAAAAACAAAUGAAGAAAGAUAAAAAAGGCAAUGGUAUGUAAUAUGAGGUCAGUCUGUAAUUUAGUGUAUUCAUGGGAAUAUAAACCUUGGUUAUUGGAGUAAUGGACGUUUGUAUUUGGAGAAGAUGAGAGCAUGGAAGUGUGCUCAAUUUGUUCACCGUGCUUUUGUAUGUUGCCCACCUGGUUCCCCUAGAACGCCAAAGUUGCAAUAAAGAAAAAAAAAAAAACUCGUCAAAUAAAGUUUUGCCAAAAUCGUUUCUCAUCAUAGCAUAUCUGUUGCCAUAAGCAGUUAAGCCCGACUCGUAUGCUGGAAGAGAAAGUCUGAAUUGGUUGUGUUAGGACAGGGGUGUUGAGGUGUUUAUUCUUAAUGCGUUAUAAUUAGUCACCAGCGUGUUGUUUAAUGGAAAACAAAUCCGAAAAUAAACAUUAGUUUCCU